CCGGCUACUUCCGCUUUCCGGUUCGCCGCGGUCCCUUCAGCCUGCCGCCGCCGCCACCACCCCACACAGCGACAGUGCAAGUUGCGGGGGGGGGGGUCCCUUAUUAUGAAGGGGGUCCCUUAAACCGGGGUGGGGGGCACCUUUACGCGCACACCCCCCCCGCCCGAACAAAAGUGACGUUGCGUUGUUGGCGGGGCAGGGUGAAGGUGCCCCACUGCGUUGUUGACGGGGCAGGGUGAAGGUGCCCCACUGCGUUGUUGGCGGGGCAGGGUGAAGGUGCUCCACUUCGUCAUGGCGUUGGCACGGGACCGGCCACGGCAAGGCUCGCAGGGCCCGGAGCACAGCUGGACUGAUGACCUCCCGGCAUGCCACCUCUCUGGAGUCGGGGUCAUUCCCAACCGCGUGUACGGGGCCGACGGCACUGCGAGGGAGACGCAUCCUUACCAGGACUGCAACCUUCGGCUCAGGAGCGAGGAGUGCUGUCUGUAUGGCGUGUGCCGUGGCUUUGAGGGCGCCCGCGUCUCGGCAUUUGUGUCUCAGCGACUGGCGGCCGAACUGCUGCUGGGACAGCUGAGUUCCAGCGACUCCGACUCCAAGGUGAAGACGGUGCUGCUGCAGGCGUUCGAUGUGGUCGAGCGGAGCUACUUUGAGUCGAUUGACGACAGCCUGGCAGAGAGGGCUGACCUGCAGUCACGGCUGCCUGAGGGUCUCAGCUCUUUCCAGGUAGCGCAGCAGUACCCGCAGCUGGUGGAGCGGCUGGCGGCUGUGGAGCGCGAGGUGGCAGGGGGCGCCACGGCCGUGGUGGCGUUAAUCCUCAACGGCAAGCUGUACAUCGCCAACGUUGGUACCAACCGGGCCCUGCUGUGCCGCUUGGCAGGAGAUUCCACACUGCAAGUGACACAGCUGAGCAUGGACCACCACGCGCAGAAUGAGGCGGAGCUGCAACGGCUCGCCCAGCUCGGCCUGGAUGUCGAUCGUAUCCGUCGCGAGGGGCGACUGGGACACCUAGACAGCGCGCGGUGCAUCGGAGACUACAGGAUCAAGCUCGGUUAUAAGGACAUCGAGGUGCUCAGCGCGGCAACAUCGGAGCCGGUGACGGCAGAGCCCGAGAUUCACGGCGGCACGUCGCUCGACGCCACCGUGGGCUUCCUGUUGCUCGUGUCGGAUGGGCUGUAUCGCGCGCUUGACGCCACGCUCGGCCCGGGCCACGCCAACCAGGAGCUGGCACUGAUGGUGGCGCGUGAGCUGGGCGCGCGCAGCUCGGUGGAUGCGGCGGCUCAGGCUGUGGUGAAGCGCGUGGCCCGGCUUCACCAGGAGGCGUGGGCGAGCCACGGGGAGCGAGCGCACGCUUGCGAGCAUCACGACGACAUGACUUUGCUCGUGCGCAACCUCGGCUUCCCGCUCGGCGGCGCUGGUGGGGCCAGCGCUGUCACCGGCGCUGCCGCGGCCACGGCACUGGGCACGGGGAGCCCUGGUGCUGGUGCUAUGGUGAACCCACUGUCGCCAGGUACCCGCGUGUACCCGGUCUCCGUGCCGUACAGCAGCACCGCCCACGACGCCGCAGCCGCCACCGCCGCAGCCGCCGCUGCCGCCGCCGCUGCCGCGGCCACGGGCAAGACGAGCGUGACGCUGUCGCUCGUCAUGCCAUCGCAGGGGCAGCUCGUUAACGGGAGCGCUGGGGGCGCGGGGGGUCUGGCCGGCGGCGUUGUCGCAGGCGGAGCCUUGGCGGCAACCGAUGGCAGCACCGAGGGCUCCGGCAGUGACGACCACACGCACGGCACGCUCACCAACAGCCCCCACACGACUCUGCGCUCGGGAGGCAGCACCACCCGCACGCGCAGCUCCAGCUCCAGCUCCGGGGGCGAGGGGACGCUCUUCCAGCGGCCGCGCGCCUCCCUCGCGGCGCCCCCGGACCUGGACGGCCGCGUGGAGCCCUACGUGGACUUCUCGAGCUUCUACCGUCUGUGGGGCGCUGAGCACGCGGACAGCGCCACCCCGCUCGCCACUCCCACCCCCUGAGAAACCUUUUCCCCACCACCCCCGCCAUCCCCCCCCCUCACCCCACCCACCCUCGGCGGCGGGGUUAGGGCAGUUCAGAAUCAGAAUAUUUAUUUAUAUGGAGAUGAAUAUCAGAUGAGCCGUGAAGCUGUUUUCUCACAGUUGUCCAGUAGGUGGCAGGUGAGAACGUUACGG